CAACAGGAAAAGGGAUGCAAUAGCCGUGACGUCACCGGAAGUUAGGGCGGGACGACAGCGGAGUGAGACUCCUGUCGAUGUGCAAACGAUCUUCUCGGCACUGAAGCUCGCUUCCGUGUGUGAAUUCCCCUGGCAUCUACAAGAAAGCUGUCAUGGCGUCAGGCCUGUCCGGUCUUGUCCUCCUGGCCUUUGGUGCCAUGUUGGCCGCCGAGGUGUUCGCGGACGAUAACGGCUGUAUAGCCUACACGGAUUUGUCAGGCAUGGAUCACCCCUACGAGAGAUGUUACAUAGGAUUCUGCUGUGGCAUGUGCCACUCCAGACGGUGCUGCACCAACAGUUUUCUUCGUUUUUCCGAGGACAGUCAAGAAAAUUGCGAGGGCAAUCUAUCGAUGAAGACUGAAUCACUGGUGGGCAGCGUGAUCGGCGUUGGUAUCUUUGUGUUUGUGGUGCUCGUCAGCUGCUGCCUCUGUCCCUGCUGCUGCCUCUACAAGAUGUGCCGCAAGCCCAGACCUGUGGUUGCAACCACCACCCACACCACAGUGGUGACCACCACUCCUCAGCAUUACCCCCGACAACCGACGGCAUCCCCCGGUCAACCCCACCCCUACCAGGCGGCCCCCUAUCCAGCCUACCAGCCUAUUCCAAUCCAGCCGGGAUAUGGUAGCCAGCCUAUGCCACACCAGGGGUACGGGCCGCAACCAAUGCCCACGAUGCCGCAACCAAUGCCCACGAUGCCUCACCCAGGACAGCCUUUCACACCGGGACCACCACCAACAUAUCAGGAAGCCACAGGCCCCCCCGCCUUCCCUCCCAACCCGAUGCCUUACAGCCAAGCUGCAUUCAGCCCCGGACAACCCUCCUACCCACUGCAGCCACCUCCCAUGCAGCCACAGGCUCACGCUCCACCGGCCCAGCCAGACUACCUGGCUCAGCCCGCGUACAAUCCGGAUUUUGUCUCACCGCCGCCCAAGACCGGAUAACGGUCUCUCUGGUCAUGGUCGCACGCUCACCUGCACGAAGUCUGCUGCGACAUCCUAAAAGGAACAUUUGUCUCUCUGCGAGGAAAACCAUGUUACACUUUUAUAUAUGUUACAAUUCUACAUACACACACACACACACACACACACACUCACACACCUAACAGGAUCAAGCAUCAGCCUUUGCAUGUCUCAGACGGAGAUGUCAAGAGGGAAAGUUGGAAGUAAACCAGCAACCCUACCGCAACAAAUCCCAAAUUCCAAUAUUUUGGAAGGGUUUUGAACCGACCCCAAGUUCUUGCAGCUGAGCUACUGCCGUCCCGAAACAUCCCAACUAUCAUCGCCGUUUUGUGGCUAUUUUCCAGCUGCCAAAGCCGUAACAGAGGUGGGACAACAGUGUGUGAGUAUGGCACAUGCCUCUCCCGUCCUGUUGUGUUUGAAAGCAAUUGAAGUAUUUUACAGAUUGCAUCAAAGGGGCUCUGUGUAAAAGGAGGAGGUCUUCUGUUACGGCUCUGAUGCGUCCAUUUUGCGAGAUCUCGUGAGUCAAUCGUCUGUGGAAUUUGUAAUCGAUGUGUUUAUUUUAUCAUUAUUAUGCAUUUGCUUUUGUCGUGGUCUUUGUAUGGCCGAGAGCAGAGUCUUUCAAAGUGUAAGGCAGUGGACAUUUUGCUUUAAAAAGAUUUUAAAAAUGUUUGUAUAAGCAUUUACCACAUUCAUUAGUUACAUAAUAUUUAAACAAUUGUGCUAAAAUCAUCAAAAUUUAACAGCAAUUUUGAAACAUUUUGUAAAGCCGAACAUAUUUUUCCGGUGCUGAUUCUUUUAUACAACUGUCAGCACAGCUAAUUUAAAAUAUACAUGUACAUUCAGUAUUAUUUUUUCACAAGCUGCUGCUCCUUUCAAAGUCCCGCAGCAUGCAUUACACAAACUUUUUUUUUUUAACUUAUCCGGAACAACGUAUUUCGUUUAAGUUUGGGGUUAAAGCAUAAAGGGAAGUUGAUGGUGUCGUGUGCCAGCCGGCCAAACCCUCACGUUUGUCUUUUCUUUUCUUUUUUGUGUUAAGUAUCUUUUAAAUGUUCAAACUGGAUGCAAUUGUACCUAAAAUUGAAUUGGUAGUGCUCAAAAACAACAACCAACGGUGGAGUUUUAUGUUUUGUUCUACUUCCUCAUACUCGCAACUGCUGUGCCUUCUUCUUAGCUGCAAACGUUUCCAAACAAUUUGUAAACCGUGUAGUAGUUUUGUGUCAUUGUUAGUGCUUGGUUUUGUCAAAAAAAAACAUGUUUAAAUGUUUCAUUGAUGAUUUAUUUCCAAGCCAUACAUUGUAAGGGCGAGGAAGUGCAUCUUUCCUCCACACUGAAUAUGCCUUGCUACACUUGUGCUCUUCGCUGAGCACAAUUACUUGAAAGUACUUCUUCUCAAGUCACCUUUUUGUGCCAACUCAGCAAGAGCCUUUAAAUCGAAUCUGUGCAACUUCUCUAGUUAUUGUUUGAAGGUCCCAGUUGCAUCAUAGUUGAGAUUUGUGUGUAAUGCGAACCGAUUGCAGAGUUACUUCCUGUCAGAUGGGACCGCAAGCCAGUUCAAUAAAUACAACAUCCUCCCAUGUA